GGAAUUUGAAACGUAAUCACUCGCCUACUACCAUUCUAUCGAAAGAAAUACCCUAUGCAGUACGCCGAAGAAGCCAGAGAAGGUAGACAAAACCAAGUUUAUGAUGAAGACAACGUUCGGCAGGUUGCCGGCUGCAUACCUAUAGACCCAAGAACAAACCGUGUACUACUCAUCACAAGCAGCAAACAUGAAGGAGUUUGGGUACUGCAUUUGUACUGUUUUUGCAAACAGCCCAAAGGCGGAUGGGAGAAUGAUGAAACUCAAGCUCAAGCGGCAGCCAGAGAAACAUGGGAAGAAGCCGGAGUUCGUGGUACUAUUACCAGGCAAAUUGGAACUUUCGUGGAAACCACCAAAAAAGGAAGCGCUAAAGCGCACCAUUGUAUAUUCGAAAUGCACAUUAAUGAAAUAAUGAAGAAAUGGCCUGAGAAAAAGAAGAGGGAAAGACGAUGGUUUACCUUCGAUGAGGCUCUGGUUGUCACCGCUUCAAAGCCUUAUAUGCAAGAAGCUCUUCGGUCGUCUUCUUUGAAUCCAGCGGCGGUGCAUCAUUGAGCAUUCACUACGAUCAAAUGUCACAUCAUAUCACAUUGCAACCGCUAUCUAGGAAAGCACCAAACGACGACGACCACAUCUACAUUUUUUCUCCAAUGCACUAGCAUAUUUCAUUUUUUGUUGUUUAUUGCAUUUAUUGUUUCGUUAGCUCUCAGCAUGCCCCUACACUGAGAGAGUGCUACAUACAUUAUAUAUCGAUUACUA